GCAGCGGCGGAGGCGCAGGGGAGCGGUGCGGCGAGGCGAGGCGGCGGUGCGGGAUGCGCUCCCGCCGCCGCGGGGGUGCCGGGCAGCCCCCCUGGCCCGUGCCUAGGAUGCUGGUGGUGUGCCUGUUGUCUCUGGCCUGGCUCAGCGAGGGCUUCCAGCGCAGCGAGCCCAUGUUCACAGCUGUCACCCACCUCCUCCUCCCACCUGACUACGACAGCAACCCCACACAGCUCAACUAUGGUGUGGCCGUCACUGACCUGGAUGCUGAUGGUGACUUUGAGAUAGUGGUGGCAGGGUACAAUGGCCCCAACCUGGUGCUCAGGUAUGACAAGGCGCGGGGGCGGCUGGUGAACGUGGCAGAGGACGAGCCAAACUCUCCGUACUAUGCGCUGCGGGACCGGCAAGGGAAUGCCAUUGGCGUGACAGCCUGCGACAUUGACGGGGAUGGCCGCGAGGAGAUCUACUUCCUCAACACCAACAACGCCUUCUCCGGCAUGGCCACCUACACAGACAAGCUCUUCAAGUUUCGUAAUGGGCGCUGGGAGGACCUCCUGAGCGACGAGGUGAACCGGGACGUGGCUAGCCGCUUCGCCGGGCGCUCUGUCGCCUGUGUGGACCGGAUGGGCUCCGGCAGAUACUCCAUCUACAUUGCCAACUACGCCAGUGGAAACGUGGGCCCCCAUGCCCUGAUUGAAAUGGAUGUGGCUGCCAGUGACCCUGCCCGCGGCAUUGUGGCGCUGGUGGACGUGGCUGUCCAGGCUGGUGUCAGCAAGUACACAGGGGGCCGUGGAGUGGCCGUGGGCCCCAUCCUGAGCGAUAGCGCCUCUGACAUAUUCUGUGGUAACGAGAACAGCCCAAAUUUCCUCUUCCACAACUCGGGGGAUGGGACAUACCGGGACGUGGCAGCUACCGUGGGACUGGAUGACCCAUACCAGCAUGGACGUGGUGUGGCACUGGCUGACUUUAACCGCGAUGGCCGGGUGGACAUCGUCUACGGCAACUGGAAUGGGCCGCACCGCCUCUACCUGCAGAGUGGGGCCCGUGGGCGCAUCCGAUUCCGGGACAUCGCCAGCCCCAAGUUCUCCAUGCCGUCCCCUGUCCGCACUGUCAUUGCAGCUGACUUUGACAACGACCAGGAGCUGGAGGUUUUCUUCAACAACAUUGCUUACCGUGGCUCCUCUGCCAACCGUCUCUUCCGGCUUAUCCGCAGGGAGCACUCGGACCCCAUCAUGGAAGAGCUGAAUCCAGGGGACGCGCUGGAGCCUGAGGGACGGGGCACGGGGGGUGCAGUGACGGAUUUUGAUGGCGAUGGGAUGCUGGACCUCAUCCUGUCCCAUGGGGAGUCCAUGGCACAGCCAAUCUCCAUCUUCAAGGGCACUCAGGGAACCAGAAACAACUGGCUGCGUGUCAUCCCCCGCACCCGCUUUGGGGCCUUUGCGCGGGGGGCCAAAGUGGUGCUGUUCACGCGGCGCAGCGGGGCCCACCUGCGCAUCAUAGACGGCGGAUCAGGGUACCUCUGCGAGAUGGAGCCUGUGGCACACUUUGGACUGGGGCGUGAUGAAGCCAGCAGCCUGGAGGUGACCUGGCCAGAUGGCCGCGUUGUGGCACGAGCUGUGGCCAGCAGUGAGACUAAUUCUGUCCUGGAAGUCUCCUACCCUCUGGACACGGAGGAGCCACUUGUGCCUGUCCAACUGGAGUGUGGGCAGGGAUUCUCCCAGCACGAGAAUGGACGCUGUGUAGACACAGAUGAGUGCACCAAGUUUCCCUUUGUCUGUCCCCGGGACAAGCCUGUUUGCAUCAACACCUAUGGCGGGUACCGCUGCCGCAGCAACAAGCGCUGCAGCCGGGGCUUUGAACCCAAUGAGGAUGGCACAGCUUGUGUGGUGCUGGCUGUGCCCCACCGGGGCAGCCUGCAGUGGGAUGGGCUCGGAGCCCUGAUGCCUCUUGCACCGUAUCUGGGAAAACAGCCCCAGGGCAGAACCCCUUCACCGGCUCCUCCUGCUCCUGCCACACCAGGACCUCCUGGGCGGUCGCUUGCUCCGUCGCCUUGAUACUGUACCAUGUGCCUGCUGGUUUGGCCUGCGACGUGUGUGCUUUGCCUGUCCCCUCCUCAGUGAUGGGGACCCCCCUCCCCAGUCCUGGCAGAGGAGGGUCACCCCAACCCUGCAGGAGUAGGACCCUCUUGGUCUGUUUUUUAACGUAUUGACCCUACUGUUUAGAGUCAGACCCUGCUCAGUCUUCCAGACCCUCUCCUGAAGAACCUCCACCAAUAAACUAUAUCCUGUCUAUUA